AUGUCAUCAUUAAGGCAUAUUUUCUCUAAGUCUCACUAUUCCAGUUCCCCCCCUCAACACUCUCCACCUCUUCCUGCGUCUAGUCAUUGGAUCCCUCCUCCAGUAGGGAGAUUGAAAAUAAAUGUUGAUGCAGCUUGGUCGGUUAUUAAUUCUUAUGCAGGUGUGGGGGCGGUUGUGAGAGAUGCUAAUGGGGUAAUAUUAGCUUCUAGCUUCAAACGCAUUCCCUCAGCAGGGGGAAGUCUCUAUGCAGAAGCUACUGCCUUUCUUUUCGGAAUUGAGCUAGCCGUGGCCUUGAAUAUUACUAGCUUUAUUCUUGAGGGCGAUGCGCUUAUUAUUGUCUCUGACCUGAACUCCAAUAGGACCGUGCUUGCCCCCUAUGGUUCUUGUGUGGAUGCCGCUCUUCUCCUUUUGCAGGACUGUCACUGUGAAAUAGUCCACACCUCUAGGAGCAAUAAUCAGCUAGCUGACUCCUUGGCGCGUCAUGGAAUGAACUGUUUUGAUUCUGUUAUGCUCAUGGGACAUGUUCCCCACUAUUGUAAUAUCUAUGCUAUUGCUGACUCUUCUAUCUAA